CCUUUUUUUUUAUCCUUUUAGAAGAAGAAGAAAGAAAAAAAAAACUCCCAUUAUGAGUGGACAAAAGAAGGCUAUUGUAUUUUUAUGUGAAGGCACAGAAGAAAUGGAAUUUACCAUUUCAGUUGAUGUCUUGAGACGCGCCAAAGUUGAAGUGACAGUUGUUGGUGUUCAACUUUCAAAUGAUUUUGCAGUUUGUAGUCGUGGAGUUAAGAUUAUACCUGAUGUUAAAUUCGAAGAAACUACAUUUGAUGCUGAUAAUUAUGACGCCCUUAUUGUCCCUGGUGGUGCAGGAAGUGCAAAGACAUUAACAGCUCAUGAAGAUGUUCAAAAGUUAAUUAUGAACUUUUAUAAUAAAAAGAAAAUUGUUGCUUUUGUUUGUGCCGGUACUCUUGUUGCAAAAGCUGCUAGUAUUCCUCAUAAACAUACUGUUACAUCUUAUCCUGGCGGUGUAAAAGAACAACUAGUGAAUGUUUAUAAUUAUUCCGAGGAUCGUGUUGUAGUUGAUGAUAAUGUCAUCACAAGUCGUGGUCCUGGUACUUCAUUCUUAUUUGCUUUAACCAUUGUUGAACAGUUAGUUAAUGUUGAGACUGCUAAUACCCUUAGAGAGGAAAUGGUAACUUACAAGAUUUUGUAAAGUAAAAAAGAGGAGUUUACAGUCUUUUUUUUUUUUUUGUUAUUU